AUGGCAGGGCUGGCGGCGCUCUUUCGUGAGUCACUGCAUCGCCUGGCAUAUCGGCAACUUCACAACCCUUUACCGGUCACUGGAUCGGUCGCCUCGCAUCCCGGCAUUGAACCUAAAGUGCAGAGCUCGACUCAGAGCCCUACUCUCAAGGCUUUGGAGGAAACAGUUGAUGCCGUCAACAGUCAGGCUAUUAUCGUAGCCCAGGAGAACCCUGCCGCUCUUGCCCACUUGACGGCUUACUUUCAUGUGGUCGAAAGUGCAGACGCGUUGUACCAAAAGUACAAAGUGCCAUCACGAACAGUAGGGCAAUCAGAUGUACAGAGAGCCGCGAACCUUGUAGGCCUGCGCUUGCCUGAUGCUUCACCGUAG